CAUCCAUUCCCAGUGUGUGUAAUAUGUAAUAUGUGUGUGUUUGUGAAAUAAUAAAUUAAUAAAAAAAAAAAAAAAUGGGAACAAGAGAGGUGUAUGAACAGAAGCUGCGAACAGGGAACCUGUACCACGAACCCACCAUUAAACCUGGCCUCGGCACCCCUCGCUGCCCCCGUUGUCUCUCCCUUCUUGAUUCUGUUUCUGAUAAAGGUGAAUGGACUAUUACUCCAGUUUUACAUGAUGCCACUGCUGUGGCCGGUUGUGGAUUAGGUGGAAUGCUUAGUGCUUUCUAUGGUCUGAACACAGGAAUGCCAUAUCUGCAAAAACUUGUUAAAGGACCAAAGUGGCUUCCAUUCGUUAUAGGGAUUCCUCCUCUGCUAAUUUUUUCUGCUGGUAGUGCUGCAUUGGGAGGAUACGGACUUCCAAACUUCACCCAACUCAGUGUGACAUCAUAUUAUGCUGCAUCAAGUGCCUCCCAUUAUGGUAUUUCAUUAGUUACAAGAUACAUUGAAGACACUUAUAUGACACGAUCACAGCAACAAAAGCUCCAAUGACUAUUUGCUCGGACACAAGCUGUAUUCCAGCCUGUUCUUCUAUGUGAUGGAAACGUAAACCUUUUUGGCCCUUUCACUGUAGAUAUCUAGUCAGUAUUGUUUAUCGUCCUUACAAUCUUUCUGGUGCUUCGAAGUAGCAUGACACCAUGUACGCUUGUAUACAAUACUAUUUUGAACAAGUAUUUGGGGGCUUAUAAUUUUGAAGAAUUUGAAUAAUGGAACUGGUAUUACAGAAA